AUGACGGUGUCCCGGGAUCCAGGGGAUCCCUGCGCUGCCGCUUCGGGGGGAGCACGUGGAAAGGGGGGGUUUUGCCGACCGGCGCAGAGCUCAGACGCUUUCAUUGCACGAGUGGCCGCAGGAUACGGCGGGGGGCCCCCCCCCCCCCGCGGCCCCGCCCCACUCCGCUCCCAGGUGCCGGUGUCACCAGCACCGCGGCUGCGGAGCGAGAAAUCCAGCCAGAAAGCCAGGAGCGUGGCGCGAUGCUGCAGCCGGGAGCGGCGGUACCGCGGCCGCGCCGCAUCCCCGCCACGGGGGGCUCUGUUCACCUAUGAAGGCAACAGCAACGACCUGCGCGUGGCCGGCUGCGGAGAUGGUGGCCUGGAGGAGAUGGUGGAGGAGCUCAACAGCGGGAAGGUGAUGUACGCCUUCUGUAGGGUGAAGGAUCCCAACUCCGGCCUGCCCAAAUACGUCCUCGUCAACUGGACGGGCGAAGGCGUGAAUGACGUCAGAAAAGGAGCCUGCGCCAACCACGUCAGCACCGUAGCAAACUUCCUAAAGGGGGCUCAUGUCACCAUCAACGCUCGCGCGGAGGAGGACGUGGAGCCUGAGCUCAUCAUGGAGAAGGUUGCCAAGGCCUCUGGGGCCAACUACAACUUCCACAAGGAGAGCAGCAAGUUCCAGGACGCGGGCCCUCAGGCGCCGGUGGGCUCUGUCUACCAGAAGACGAAUGCGAUGUCCGAAAUCAAGAGAGUCAAUAAAGAUAAUUUCUGGGCCAAAGCUGAGAAAGAUGAAGAAAACCGCCGGCUAGAGGAGAAGAGGAGAGCGGAGGAGGAGCGGCAGCGGCUAGAGAGAGAGCGUCAGGAGCGGGAGCUGCAGGAAGCGGCGGGGCGAGAACAGAGAUACAAAGCGAGAUCCAACGAAAUCGAAGCCCAGAAGAGACUCCAGCAGCAGCAGGAGGCAGAGAACAGGGACAGGGAGCAGCAGCAAUGGAAGGAGCAAGCCGAGGAGUACGACGCCAGGCAGCGGAAGGGCUUCAAGAGAAGCGAAUCGGUGGAGAAAGCCCAGGAGGCUGCGUCGCUGAUAGCGCAGAGGGCAGUGAACCCCCGGGACAUCUUUAAGCAGAAGGAGAAGUCGGUGCCGGCGGACGCGGCGACGGCUUCCCAGCCAGGCAAGCUUCGCAGCCCUUUCCUGCAGAAGGAGGUGAACUCCGUGCCGAGCCCUGCCUCUCCUGCCCGGGAUAUACCGUGCGUUUCUUUGGCAGGACGAGACGCCGGGUACAAUUCAAGCGUCCCAGCUUCCCACGUGGAAGAGGCGAAUCUGUACACGGAGCCGCUGGACCCCUCGGCCAUCUAUGAAGAACCACCUCAGGAACACGUUGAGGAUGCCAAAUACGACUACCCGGUUGAGUACCAGCAGCCGCCGGACCUGACGGGGAAGGGGCUGUGUGCGCGGGCGCUCUACGACUACCAGGCUGCUGAUGACACUGAGAUCUCAUUUGAUCCGGAAAACAUCAUCACUAACAUCGAGAUGAUCGACGAAGGCUGGUGGCGUGGCUACGGUCCCGACGGCCACUUUGGCAUGUUCCCUGCCAAUUAUGUGGAACUGAUUGAGUAA